GCACCGAGCUGUUUCCAUGGCGACCAUUUAGUCCAAGUCCCUCCCCUGUAACCUCAUAACCUCUGGCAAAGCAGGAUGGCUUUGUCAUAUCUGCCUUGCACAGGAUAUCACCACCCAACAUCUUCCUCAGCUGCGAGGCAGGUAGCGUAGGAAUGUACCAACACAAGCCAGGCUUAAGGAGAAAAUGAGUGCCUUAGGCGAAACGCAGAUUGAUUUCUUGGUUAAUAAUGAGGAGCGCUCAGAGCAGAAGAUACCGGCGGACAUCUUUGACCCUCCGGCACACCAGGAAGACCAGGACUUAAGGGAGCCUCAGCCGUCAUGUUCCGGCGAACACCUGAAGGCUAUCUCCAAGUCCAAGACGAAAGGCAGACAGGUCCACAAACCUUCCUUCCCCUGGAAAUUCCUCUUUCCGAAGCGGGGCGUCUCCAAGCUCAUUUUCCAGGUGGUGGCCUCGGGAGAGAAGCGCCAUGGCGUCUCCCUGCAAGCCCUCAAGAAGAGCGUGGCAGCCACUGGAUACGACCUCGAGAAGAAGAAGGGCUACUUCAAGAGGGUCUUGAGGGCCUUGGUGGCCAAAGGGGUUUUGCGGAAGCUGACUGGCCGAGGGCUCACGGGCUGCUACGCCAUCAGCCGGAUGAUGACGAAGUUGCUGAGGAGGAGGAGCCAGAAGAGUAGGAGAAGGGGGAAGGGGAAAGGGAAGGGGAAGGGGAAGGCCUUGCCAGAUCUCAAGCCAAAGCAAGUACCCAAGAAGAAAAAGAGGAAGAGCAGAAAGAGGAGGAGGAAGAAGAAGAAGACCAAGAGGAUGACAUCUAAGCCGACUGACUUGCAGAGUCCUAUGCUGAUGACAGGUUCCCAUAGCUGACGCUGUGUGUAAGGAGGAAAAAGAAUAAAGUGUCGUAUUUGAAGUGCCUUUGUUUUUGUGCCUCUUAAUUGAGAUGGUUAGCAUCUGAGCCAAAGACAUGAGAAAGGGCAGCUUCUUCUCAGUCUUUUGAGAUGGAGGUCUGAUGCAAAGGGGGUGUGUGUUUGUGUGUGUAUAUAUUUCUUCUCCCUAAGGCAGGGAAGCAGACUGUCUCUACAGGUGGUCGGGACUUCCUAACCCAGCAGAAAAAAAAAAUUGGGGUAGAAAGUGGCCCAGUUCCUGCAAUCUCAUACAGCACGAAAAGACGCAUGUUCAUAUGGCAUGAUGUCAUGGGUCAGAAGUGAACAUUGCUUGUUCAACCGACCACUAGGGAUGGACUGGCAAAUCUGUCACUUUCAGUUUCUUGUUGCUUCAGUCAUAAAUUCAGUUCUCCACAUUUCCACAUCUGUUUGCUUAAUAAUAAAAUAAUAAAAUAAAAAUAAAAUAAAAAUAAAAU